GACUGCUCGAAAUGUUCUUAUUAGUCUUUUUAACGUCUAUACGUGACUUGCUUUACGCUUUAAAGUCAUUCACUUGUGAAAUAAAAUGGCAUUAACAUUUUAUUCCACCUUCUAUUGUACAAUCAUUGCACGGCGCGGGAGAUAUUUGGCAUUGACAAUGACCGAAUUCUAGUUCAGCGAUACUGAACGCCUUGCAAUGAAGAAAGGCAGGGCACUGCGCCCAUUCGAUAGUCGUGUUUGUAAUCCUAGAGAAAGGGAAACCGAUCCACUCUUGAAAAACAGAUAAAUAGCGUAAUAUAACAGUGCGUGAGAGCUGGUACGUUCGUAUUCUUUUAAAGCAUAGGGAACGAGUGAAAAGAAAUAAGAGUGUCACGACAUUAGCCGUUAUAGAGCACGAUAUAUAUGCAUAUUUAUUUACGUAUAUUAUAAUAGUAUAUAGAAAUUCAUCGUUCUGAUGUCACACAUAAAAGAGUAAUUUUUUUACAGCAGGUGGUCAUGUAUGUAAAUCCCUUUUUAAAAACCACUCUUAUAGAAACAUCAUUCGACCCACUUUAAUUAUCGGAAUUUAUAUAUAUAUAUAUUGCGGUUUUGCUCCGACCACUUCAUUCAUAUUGAUUGCGAAUCGUUGUGGUUCCGAUUUCGCGCCUUAUACGUUCUAUGGGAAUCCUAUUGGUCUAUUCGAUUUUCUACCAUAAUUGGAUAUCGAUAGAUUCAUAUUUUACGAGUUCCCUUUUUUUGGUUUUCGAAGAACCAAGGACAAUUUAUAAUGGGGAUUACUUAGCGAGAAAUUAAACGCUUUCCAAUCUCGCUGCCACUAUCGAAAGAGAGCGCGUGUAUCGCGUUCUGAAAAUACCAAGAGGCAAUUUGCAGUUAACAUAUAGAAAGUCAACUAUGUUUAUCACGUUUUAGUGACAGAUCAGAAAUCGUGGCAGAAGUUGUACUGUUCGAUAAAUAAAUCCAUAACGUUUCUCCCAAUUUGACUUUAUGAAAAUUUUCGCCAAAAUCAAAAAAUCUAUAUAAAUUUUAUAGCGUUUAACCGAUGUACCGUAGUUUGGUUGUAAGAUUAAUGUAUUUUGUAGAUAAAUUUCUUAAAGGUUGCUGUUCGGCAAAUUGCUCAUUUUUUUCUCAUCUGAGCGACAACGAUGGAUAUUAGUAGUCCUCCCGAGAAAUGUUGAUUAUAUGGAGCGUAACGUUGCGACAUGAAAUUUACGACGAGACAUAAUUGCUUUAUGCAUCUUUAGGGAUUUUCAUGAGAGGGAGAAAUCAGUUCAGAGAAUUUGGUCCAUCGAAGGAGUGAUUAUACGUGAAUGAGAAAUCAUAAAAGAUAAGGAUACUAUUUUUUAAUAAAAAUUCUAUUAUUUAUCAAAAUAAAAAUGUCAAGUUUUGCUAUCCAUCAGUUUUCCACGUCCAUACAAUAGUUGUAGGUUAUACUCGAAGUAGGGAUAAAAAUGAUAAGCAAAUCAGCAUACCGAUAAGAAAAACUUAAGUUUUGUCUUUUGAUAAAAUUACAUCGAAAGGUCGUUGCCCCUUGAAAAUUCAACGGACAAAAAACACGAAUACGUUAAGACUAAUGCGCGCAACACAAUUUUUUUAAGACUUUCGCCUAAAACGUUUUCAUUAAAAUUUCCAAAAUUUUUCCACGUAGCCGAGCUUGGCGCGCGAGCGAAAUUAGGUAAAUUGGGGAAAGUCGCGACAAAAGUUCCUAACAUCCCGUUCUUGAUUACACGACACAUUAAACUUUGUAAUCACAAGACCAUCAUUCCGUAACCCCUACUUACAGUACAGUGAGACACACUGAAGAUACAUCUAAUAACGUUAUCCUCGUUCUUUAUAAUUUUCUUUCGUUCUUCCCUCAAUUCGUUCGCACGAAAAAAGAUUGGCUUUUCACGUGAACGUCCGUCGAAAAUACUUACUAUCGCGCAGUCGAGAAGAAUCAUCGUUAACGAUCCCUAAAGCAAAAAGGAAGCGAGGUCCAAGAACACUUAAUGAUGAAAGAAAUAAAAAGUUACCAAUAUAAUAAUACUCAUUAACAAAGGACGAGCCCCUGUGGGCGUUGGCUUUGGUAAAAGUAAUGUAUCGACGAUCAAAUAAGCGACAGCUCUUUUUACCCGAAUGACAAAAAUCAUCGGACCGACAUUGACCCACCUUCUUCAUCACAGUCACGCUCUCCACAGGCACGGUCUCCUAGGAUCGGUUAGUCCUGUAUUGGUCUACCCACCCAUUACCUGCUAUUUCGUGACUAUCAGCGUGGAAAUAUCUGGUGGGAGGUUUUAACGGAGUUCUUCUUUUUAUCUUAUAUAAAAGAGAAGAGGCUAAGUGUAAGAUCCUUCAAUAUCUGGAUCACUCGCGAGGAAUACGCUCGCCUUACACACGCUCUACGUUCCUAUCGCAACCGGCCGCUCCGAUUGGCACGUCACGCCAGUCUGUUCGACAUUGCUAAUAAUUAUCAGACUGGUCAGAAUGCAGUACGCGGCUAUAUUCUUGCUGCUACUGACCGUCCUGGAUCCUCUACUAGUGACCUCAAAGAGGGUGUUGUUAAAAGACCCAAGACACGUUAAACGAGCUUAUGGUUUACCAUGGCGACAGAAUCAACGUCGUAUUAAUUAUUUGAAGAAGCCUGCUUAUAGAUCGAAAGGUUUACACAAGGAAAGCCUUUAUGAGAAUGCUAAUACCUUUUAUGGGAGUGGUAGAGUACGCUUUCCUAAGGAACCUUAUCCACACGGUGGUGACGAUUUCGAUCAAGGUCACGAAAACACGAAUCACGUUGUCUUGCCGUAUGGCGAGGGAAUAACUCAUGCCAUUUCUUAUGGCAAAGGCUAUAUCCCUUACGAGAAUAUCAAAGACCACUUCUCCCUUGGAAACGAGCAGCAGGACUACAGGAAGGAAGAGUUCGGUCAUCAGGAUUCUGUAUACGAGGGCGCCAGUUAUCCGCAUACUUCAGAGUACAAUAUUCCUCAGGGUUAUCACAGCGAAGAACCAGACUCGUUUUAUGCCGACGGAGAAGACAGUAAAUUCGUAUUUCAAGAAAGAGCCUUAGGACGUUCCAAAUUUGAGAAUACCAAUGGUAACGGUCAACAGAAUAUAAUACUGAAGUCUGUACAAAAUUCUGGUAUAGGUCCAGGAGAUGAACGUAAGUCACCAUUGGAAACCAUAGAAUCCUUGAAGAGCAGUGCGCUGGUGGCGUCAAAGCCAUCUUUCUCCAGUGGACCUGAUAUAAAGCAAGGAUUCGUUAUACGCGACAGCAUCUCACUGGAUGAUUACAACAGGAAGGUUCAAGAAUUUACCAAAAGCUGGCCAGGUGUAUCACACUUUGGUGGUGAACUGAGUGGAUUGGGCACUGCAGGUGGUUUUGGAAGUGUCAAACAGACUGUAGAUUUUCCUCAACAGUUUUCUGCUAAAGGAUUUUCCGGAUCUAGCUUUCCUGGGGCUUCUACGUGGCUGAAGGAGCUUGCACCUGGUCAACCUAGUUAUGCUGUCAAAGAAGAGACCAUGGAGGAACCUCAUGACUUCAGAACGAUGCCAGUUCGUACUGCGCCUAUUCAACCACUGGCACUACCUUUGAAUUAUGCGUUACCAUCCUUCGGUCAAGGUCUACAUGGAUAG